UGUCUGUCUGUUUCAGGAAUCGACGCCUUGUCGUAAAACUGAGACCAAGGAAUGCCAGACCGACGUACAGUUAAACGAGGAAGAUAAAGAAAAGAUAAAACAGUUAGAAGAACAGGUUCGUCAAAAAGACGAAGAGCUUGAUUCGCUGACAUCAGACCUAAAGUGCGAGCGAGAGCGAGCGAAACAGCUGGUGGAAGGAGUAAAACGGAAGAAAGAGGAGCAAGACCAACGAGUGUUGCGUGACAAGUCUGUCAGCGAACAAAAGGAAACGUCCGAGAACUGCAGCAGUAAUAGCGCAACUAUCGACCUGUCCAUGACAAGGGACCAGUCCAGUGUUAUUAAAAUGUUACAGGACGCGCUUGAACGCGAGCGUCAAGAGAAAAAAGAACUCAUUGAGAAAGUCACGCGAGAUUCGCAAAAGAACCGUGAGCGUGACAUACAGCAAGCCGUGAAAAGAGCCGUGAACAAGGAAAGAUUGGAGCGAGAGCGGAUCACGGACGAGGCAGUGAAGAAAGCGGUGGAGAAAUGUAAACAGGACAGAGAAAGACAUACACAGAAAGCGCUGCAGAUGGCCAAGGAGGAGGCUGAGAAAUCGGUGCAGGAGGCAGUGAGCCUGGCCAAGAAGAAACAAUGGUGCGCUAAUUGUCGGGCGGAGGCUUUUUAUCCGUGUUGUUGGAACACAAGUUAUUGUACUUUGGAGUGUCAGAAGACUCACUGGUGCACGCACAGGUUCCAUUGCCUGAGGGUCGCGUGUAACUGCAACAGAGAUGGCCCUAUGACGCGGUCGUGACGUCACAAAGUCGGUUUCAUGGACCACUGUCUCGACAGUUUCGCGUCAGACGUUACCAUGGUUAUGCGCGGGGAAUUCUGGGAGUUGCAGUAAAUCGCUUUAUUUGUGAUAAUGGCGAUGUAACAUGGUUUGUUUGUACAGCGGUUAUUUCAUGCCUUAGAGCCUGUUCACACUGACUAAUCUUUUUGAGUUAAAUCGAGUACUAAAUUUUGCAACCUAGUGCAACCCCGAUAUAACCAGUAAACUUCAUUAACAUCGAUGAUCGAGGCACGCUUAUAGCGAACGCCGAAUUUCGGUCCCAGAAAGAAGGAACCAGGACCUCAACAGACAAGGGAAUUAGUUGAUGACAGCUAUUUUUAGUUCUGGAUAACAGAAAGUUAUCGAUAACUAAAUAUCUAAUUCGUGACUUUGCGGCAACUUAUCUUGUCUGUCAUCAUCAGAUAGUCGUCCACUAUAACGCCAAACCCUGAACGCUGACAUGCCCAGCUAACACUACUUACCAAACUUUCGUGUUAAAAACACACUACCAAUCGAUAGCGUUAGCUUCUAAUUAGUGGAGGCCCUGGGUCUCUCCUUCGCAGCUGUCACAGCGAUUCCCUGUGCGAGACCCAUUAACAUCUGUGAAGGAAAUUGCAGACAUAUUUCCAGUAAAUUGGAGUUCAGCUUACAAGUCGUUCAAAAUAGGUCUUGCCACGCUGUUUGUUGUAUCAAGGUUGCACUCAAAUCGCUUGGAGCUUAACGUUUCAGCGGUUGCUGCAUGGUAAAUUACUUUCAGCCAAUCAGGUGCUCAUUUAUGGCUCCCAUGGUUGUUUUCAGUCAUUGUAAAAUAUUCUUAUAGUUAUGUCUAAAACAGUUUGAAUCUUAACCUCCGAGGGUAACUUUUACGUAAUAUUUUUUUAUGUUUUUUUAAGUAAAGUAAUGUAAAGUCCUUCAUUUAAAACUAUUAUCGUUUAAGCACUACAUGCUUGAGGGGUCGUGUAUCUAAUUAAUUAUCUAAUUAUCUAAUUACCUACUGAUAAAACGAAUGUUGUUUUGUUUGUUUGUUUUGUGUAUCCGGUUUUCAUUUAUACAGUUUUAUCGCAAUUCAAACUACUUUGGUGUUCAAGCGAACCGAUGUCAUUUUUUUCCUUGGUGACGCUUUAUAAUUCAUUCUUUCUCUCUUUAAUUCGUAUGGCUUUUGUUGAAGGAUUCCAAUUGGCAAGUGUAAAUAUUGGUACUAUACUGUGUAUUGUUUCAGUUUUUCCGAGACCUUUCUCGGCUGGUCAGCCUGUUUAGGUGAGGUUGCAAAUAAGAACUUUUCUGAACACCCACAUAGAAAUUUAGGCAAACAUCUCUGUGCUGAGAAAGUGCGUAGUUUAGUUUAUUUUCCAUAUUUUUAGACGGAUUGUACAUAAAUUGUUUUGCAAGCGCAUCAAAUUCUUUGCCCUUCAGCGACAGUUGGAGCUGUUAUGUUGUGGGCACCCUUUUGUUUUGAACGAGAAAUCAUUUUGACAUUAAAAAUUUAUCAAUAGUUUCUCAAGCAUAGGGUUGUGGUUUCAAGUAAUGUGCCAACCCCGAGUGUCAAAAAAAAGGAAAAGAACUCUCCGUUGAUCCCUGAAACGUUUUUGCAACCGUGAUAAUGAGCUUUCGUUUUUCUACGAAAUCGUUGUAUGUCCAAAUAUCUAUUUUUAUGAUCCCAUCGAAAGCAGAGAUGUGUGUAAAUAUUCUUAACACGACGUACUGUAAGUGCGUUCCAUAAAAUUAUGACAAAAUCUAAUGUAGGGGCGACAAUCGAUUAACGUAAAACGUAUGUAUUUUGAUACAAGAUCAGAUACAAAUGCAGUAUUUUUAAGAUCAUUAUUAAACAUGGUUAACUAAAUAGGUAGCAAUUGUUUUCUAUCCAACCGAAAUGUACAGUUGUUGUAGCCUUUCUGUCCUAGUAUCCUUGCAGGUCAGUUUUACCGUGCAAGUUCAGUUGCAAGAGUGCGUUCAGAUCAUCGAAAAAUCAGUAACCUUUUGUCUCAGUGACCUGAAUUGUGAGAUUGUAAACACUGAUAACUUUACCAUGAACUGGAAACGAACUAAGUUGUGGAGUUUUGUUAUGUUGUGAAUGACUUUGUAUAGUUCGUAGUGAUUAAACCAAUCCUGUGUUUGGGACAUCAAAGGUUGUGGUGACUUGUUGUUGUUACCGUAGGUUAGUUGAAUCAAAGUCAGUGUUAAAUGGCCACAUACUCUUGCAAGGAGACACAUUGAUCUAUAGUUACCCUGCACCAGAUCACAAAGUAGUGAUGUACCACAAAAAGAGAACUUAUUUUUUUCAUUUAAACAAUGCGAAUUGGUACAGGACUGGGAAUCAUCUACAACCUUUGAUGUCAUUUUCUGUUCACUGCACAUUUUUGUUAUCAGGAUCAUGAACACGCCGUAACUUCAUACAAACAUACCAAAGUACAAUAGUUAGUUUGUUAUCUGAAAUUGCACAGAUAUUUGUUUAAAAGCUGUAAUUCAGAAGAGAGAUAAGAAAUACCGUGCGUUUGUUUAAGGUCUGUCCGACUCCUGUUCGACGACCGAAUAAGGGUCGUCGGGACGUUGUCAGCUUGAGACUUACUGAGCUCACGGGAAUUGCGGGCUCAGCUUAUUGUCGAAAACCUUGUGCGGUUCCCUUUCGCACGAAGAAUUAUCGAGUGAAAUAAGCAAUUGGAUUAAAACAAUUUUUGUAUAAGGAAGUGUAGGUUUCUAGGCAUAAAUUUUGACUUGAAUUUAAUGUAAGCUAAUAUACACAUGGUGCUUCACCCAGCAAAAAUAGUAGCGAAGUUUUAAGUUUUGAAAUCUUAGUAUUUAUAAGUAGUAUUUAUUAUUGGUAGUAUGAAUAUACACUUCGUAAGAAUCGCUGCUUGAGCGUUUGGCUUGGCUCUAUAUCUUUCAGUCCUAUUUUCGAAGUUCGACGUCACAAGCGAUCUUUUUGUUUUAACCAGUCAUUGUUGAUGUCAUCUUUGGCCAAUCAGGUCCCACUUUGAAAACACGUGACACGGCUAAAGUGGCUGUCUUGUACUUGCCGUGGGCUUAUUGUUCCACGUUUUUCCUCGCUUGACACUGUCUCACUAGUUCUGGUUGACUGAUGGUGUGAUUACUUCGUUAGUCAUCAGAUAUCGUAGUAGCAUGAGUUCUGCAGGAGCCUGCCAAGCCAUCAAGUAGCUGGGUAAUACGUAGAGAUUGGUUGCUGUUUGCAGUGAAUAAAGUUAGCCAACAAAAUUAUA